UCGAAUAUUUCGGUCGAAUCUUCUCUCGGCUCACUUGUAUCAAACCCAGACUUAUUUCGACUGACCAAUACUGUUCACUUAGCUCACUGCAGUGAUGAUGUCAAACAUUAAUUUCUUGACCGUUCUUCGGUAAAUGAAAUAUCGCUGUCCCGGCGGGUACGUAGUGCCACAGGGGCGGGUUCGCUUCCGAGAUCCGACUGGGUCUACAUGCAUGCAGUUUCCCAAAGGGCGGCGGCCACAGGAGUAUAUAAACAGAGCGGAUUUCUGAUUUGGGCACACAUUCGCUCAGAAGUUGUUCCUUCAGUAGCCGCCAAAUCGCAGGAUUGCUGGGACUUCAUAGCUUUUUUGUGAAAACUCAAGUUUCUCAUAACCGACAAAUAUUCGACAUGAACUCCUUGAUCUUGCUGCCUUUGUGCUUCGCUGCCUGCAUGGCCAGCGUGUUGCCUCUCGGCUACGGCCAUUACGAGAAGCAAUAUUUGGCACCCGUGGUCCACAAGACUUCCCUCGUGGCACGCAGUCAGUACCACAGCCAGGACAAGUUGGGACAAUACAAAUACGGUUACGCCGAGCCCAAUGGUGCCAAGGAGGAGACUCGUCACGCCGACGGCACCGUUGUUGGCACCUACUCGCACCCCCUGCCCGAUGGCUCCAUCUUGACCAACAACUACGUCGCUGACGAAUACGGCUUCCGCUCGUCCCUGGCCCCGACCGCCCCCAAGGACUUCUUGCCCGUCGUCAAGGCCGCCUACGACGUGACCGCCCCGAUUUUGGCGCACUCUGUCGGCGCCUAUGCCAUCCCACGACCAGACAUCCACCUCACUAAGCGAGUCGACGCGUACCUCCCAGCUCCGUCUUAUGCGUACCCCGCCUACAUCAAGCCUGCUGGCCCCUACGGAUACCCCGAUGGUCGCCUGGCCUACGGACACUAUUAAGAAGUGUUUUUUUUAUAGUUAAGGUACAUAGUUUUUUACGAACUGAAAACCAGCAAGCGUUUCUUUCGUUCAAUCGUUGUGGAAAAAAAAAAUGCUUGUUUUUCGCCUCACGCCGAAGUUGUUAUUGUCCCACUUCUAUAGUUUCCUCUGUAUUCUUGCCGUCGGUUGUAUUUCUCGUACAAUGAAAACGAAAUGAAUAUUGCGAAAUGGAAA